CAGUGCAUUCUGGGUCCAACCCAAGAUGGCUGCGCCCUUGCAGAAGUGCUGAAGAAGUGCCUCUCCGGAGCCAUUCUCGGAAUUGUGUCUGAUUUCAGCAGAAACCGUUGCCCCAAAUAAGCUACCAGGGUCGCUGGUUUGUAAAAAAAAAAGACCAUACGACCCCAGUUCAUCGACAAUUGUGGUCGGUGCUUCGUGUGGCUGUGGCAGACUGUCCGUGUGAAGAUGGGCCUCGUCUCCAGCCCCUUCCCAUAGCGAAGAGCCGUGGGGAGAGGAGCCGCAGAUUCCCAUGCAAACACGCACCCGUCCAGCUCGGAUUUGACGGGUUUGACAUACUUUACAGGCUGUGGACGCUGCCCUACAAUUUUUUGACUAGGAUUGUGUGUGCGACCGUAUCUGUCAUCGUCCGGAGACGGAGAGGUUCCUCAGCCGGGGUCGAUAAUCCCACCGCACCAAGGGCCCUGAUGAAAAUGGACUCAGACUUGCUUCACUCGCCGGCCGUGGGCCUGGCAGAGGAAGAAGAGGCUGACAUGAAUGACUGGAAACUACCCCUGGCCUUCAUGAAGAAACGGCACUCAGAGAAGAUUGAGGGCUCCAAGGCCUUGGCACAGAGCUGGAGGAUGAAGGACAGGAUGAAGACCGUCAGUGUUGCACUGGUGUUGUGUCUCAAUGUGGGAGUGGACCCUCCUGAUGUCGUCAAGACUUCCCCCUGUGCCAGACUGGAGUGCUGGAUAGAUCCUCUGUCGAUGAGUCCACAGAAAGCCCUGGAGACCAUCGGGGCCAAUCUGCAGAAGCAAUAUGAAAAUUGGCAACCCAGGGCGCGUUACAAACAGAGUCUGGACCCCACAGUAGACGAGGUGAAGAAGCUGUGCACGUCACUGAGACGGAACGCCAAAGAGGAGCGCGUCCUCUUCCACUACAACGGCCACGGGGUACCACGGCCCACUGUCAAUGGAGAGAUCUGGGUCUUUAAUAAGAACUACACCCAGUACAUCCCGCUGUCCAUCUAUGACCUGCAGACGUGGAUGGGUAGCCCGUCCAUCUUUGUCUAUGACUGCUCCAACGCGGGAAUCAUCGUCAAGUCUUUUAAACAGUUUGCCCUGCAGAGAGAGCAGGAGCUGGAGGUGGCAGCUAUCAACCCCAGCCACCCGCUCGCCCAGAUGCCUCUGCCGCCCUCCAUGAAGAACUGCAUCCAGCUGGCGGCCUGCGAAGCCAGCGAGCUGCUGCCCAUGAACCCUGACCUCCCAGCUGACCUCUUCACCUCCUGCCUCACCACACCCAUCAAGAUCGCCCUUAGAUGGUUUUGUAUGCAGAAGAGUGCGAAGUUGGUGCCAGGAGUGACGUUAGACCUCAUCGAGAAGAUCCCUGGAAGGCUCAACGACAGACGCACCCCCCUCGGAGAGCUCAACUGGAUCUUCACAGCCAUCACAGACACGAUCGCCUGGAAUGUGCUGCCUAGAGAUUUGUUCCAGAAGUUAUUUCGUCAGGACCUGCUGGUGGCCAGCUUGUUCCGCAAUUUCCUUUUAGCAGAGAGGAUAAUGAGGUCCUACAACUGUACACCGGUCAGCAGUCCCCGUCUACCCCCGACAUAUAUGCACGCCAUGUGGCAAGCGUGGGACCUGGCUGUGGACAUCUGCCUCUCUCAGCUGCCCACCAUCAUUGAAGAGGGCACCGCCUUCAGACACAGUCCUUUCUUUGCGGAGCAGCUGACAGCGUUUCAGGUGUGGUUGACGAUGGGCGUAGAAAACAGAAACCCUCCUGAGCAGCUCCCUAUAGUCCUACAGGUCCUCCUUAGUCAGGUGCAUCGGCUUCGCGCUCUAGACCUGCUUGGACGGUUUCUGGAUCUGGGUCCUUGGGCCGUCAGUCUGGCCCUGUCGGUGGGGAUCUUCCCCUACGUCCUAAAGCUGCUCCAGAGUUCAGCCAGAGAGCUGCGGCCGCUGCUGGUCUUCAUCUGGGCGAAAAUCCUGGCUGUGGACAGUUCAUGCCAGGCUGACCUGGUUAAAGACAACGGACACAAGUACUUCCUGUCAGUGUUGGCUGACAGUUACAUGCCAGCUGAGCAUCGGACCAUGGCUGUCUUCAUAUUAGCUGUUAUUGUCAACAGCUACACCACAGGACAGGAGGCCUGUCUGCAGGGCAAUCUAAUAGCCAACUGCCUGGAGCAGCUGUCGGACCCUCACCCCCUGCUCCGCCAGUGGGUGGCCAUUUGCCUCGGCCGAAUCUGGCAGAACUUCGACCCGGCGCGCUGGUGUGGAGUUCGAGACAGCGCACACGAGAAGCUCUACACCCUGCUGUCAGAUCCCAUUCCUGAGGUGAGGUGUGCAGCUGUUUUUGCUCUGGGGACGUUUGUGGGGAACUCCGCUGAGAGGACGGACCACUCCACCACCAUCGACCAUAACGUGGCCAUGAUGCUGGCCCAGCUCAUCAACGACGGCAGUCCUGUAGUCCGCAAGGAGCUGGUUGUUGCAUUGAGUCACCUGGUUGUCCAGUAUGAGAGCAACUUCUGUACAGUUGCCCUUCAGUUUAUAGAGGAAGAAAAGAACUACUCAGUGCCGUCACCAGCCAACACUGCAGAGCCCGGCAACCUGACGCCAGUGAGGGACAGCCCGGCCAUCCCACGCCUGCGAUCGGUCAACUCCUACACCAACAUCCGAGCUGCCACCACUGCCCGUCUGAACAAGAGCCUGCAGAACCUCAACCUCAACGAAGAGGGUGGACCACCAGCCUUCUCUCCUGGUAACCUGAGCACCAGCAGCAGCGCCAGCAGCACCCUGGGGAGUCCAGACAACGACGAGUACAUCCUCUCUUUCGAGACCAUUGACAAAAUGAGACGGGUUUCCUCCUAUUCAUCCCUCAACUCCCUCAUAGGUGUGUCCUUCAACAGUGUUUAUACUCAGAUCUGGAGAGUGCUGCUACAUCUCGCCGCAGACCCUUUUCCUGAAGUAUCGGAUCUGGCUAUGAAGGUCCUCAACAGCAUAGCAUACAAGGCAACGAUGAACGCCCGACCACAGAGGAUCCUGGACUCUGGAUCUCUCACCCAGUCAGCCCCAGCCAGCCCCACCAGCAAGGGAACGCACAUCCACCAGGCUGGUGGCUCUCCUCCCAUGCCCAGCACCAGCAGCUCCAGUCUGACCAACGAGGUGCCCAAACCCCCUGCCCGGGAUCAGCCGGCCACACGGCCUCCCUACACCCCCACGCUCGGAGGACAGGCGCCUCACUCGCACCAGUUCCCUCGCACUCGCAAGAUGUUUGACAAGGGACCUGAGCAGGCGGGUGAAGACGGAGACGAGCCCUGUGGUCACAGGAACUACAUCAGUGCCGUGCUGCAGACGGGCCUUUGUGAUUGGAGCGCCAAAUACUUUGCUCAGCCUGUCAUGAAGAUCCCAGAGGAGCAUGACCUGGAGAGUCAAGUGAGGAUGGAGCGACAGUGGAGGUUUCUGAGAAACACUCGAGUGAGAAGGCAGAGCCGAUGCAUCACGCAAAGAGGUGUUUCCCGUCUGGAUGAUCAAAUAUUCAUAAACCGCAACCCUGGAGUCCCGUCUGUUGUGAAGUUCCACCCCUUCAACACCUGCAUCGCCGUGGCCGACAAGGACAGCAUCUGCUUCUGGGACUGGGAGAAAGGUGAGAGGCUGGACUACUUCUACAACGGGAACCCUCGUUACACUCGCAUCACAGCCAUGGAGUACCUGAACGGACAUGACUGUUCAUUACUACUCACUGCAACAGACGAUGGAGCAUUACGUAUCUGGAAGAAUUUUGCCGACCAGAAGAACCCCGAGAUGGUGACAGCAUGGCAGGGCCUCUCCGACAUGCUGCCAACCACCAGAGGUCAGCCGUCAGCCAGCGCUCACAGUCUUGCCAGAAGGGUCUCCAUCUAUCUUGACAGGAGUAAGCAAGGAGGUGCAGGCAUGGUCGUGGACUGGGAGCAGGAGACCGGCCUCCUCAUGACGUCUGGAGAUGUCCGAGUCAUCAGGAUCUGGGACACAGACAGGGAGAUGAAGGUCCAGGAUAUCCCAACCGGUGCAGACAGCUGUGUGACCAGCCUGUCCUGUGAUUCCCAGCGCUCGCUCAUCGUUGCGGGUCUGGGUGAUGGAUCUGUACGGGUGUUUGACAGGAGGAUGGGACCGAAUGAUUGUCGGGUGAUGACCUACAGAGAACAUGGAGCCUGGGUGGUCAAAGCUCAUCUACAGAAGGAGACAGACGGACAUAUUAUCAGUGUCAGUGUUAAUGGAGACGUUCGAUUCUUUGAACCACGGACGCCGGACUCCAUCAACGUGCUGCAGACAGUGAAGGGGCUAACAGCGCUGGACAUCCACCCAGAGGCCAACCUGUUCGCCUGUGGAUCAAUGAACCAAUUCAUAGCGGUCUACAACUCUAACGGUGAUGUGAUCAGCAAUAUAAAGUAUUAUGACGGCUUCAUGGGACAAAGGAUCGGGGCCAUCAGCUGUUUAGCCUUCCAUCCUUUCUGGCCCCACUUGGCGGUGGGCAGCAACGACUACUACAUGUCCAUCUAUUCAGCCGAGAAGAGGCUCAGAUAACACACCAGCAUUCAUCACCCACCCUCCACCC